AUGGCCAGGUUAUCGGAACCCGACACCGGCUACAUAAAUUUCGAAGUGACGCCCCUGCUCGACAUGCCGUCCGAGCACGAGGGCGAGUCCCCCAAGGGGCUGGCGGUGGACGAGUCCUUUUCAGACCGCACCUCGGCGACGGCGACGGCGACACACGACAAGGAGAAGGCGCCAUGGUGGUCUUACAUCUGGGACUACGAGCCUGGUCGGUCUCACGAAGAACGCAUGUUCAUCCAGAAACUCGACGUCUUCCUCGUCACCAUGCUGAGCUUCGGUUAUUUCAUCAAGAAUCUCGACCAGACCAACAUCAGCAACGCCUUUGUGAGCGGGAUGAAAGAGGACCUCGCCAUGAAUGGCAACGAAAUUAACCUGAUCGAUACGGCAUGGACAGUGGGCUACGUCGUCGGUCAGAUUCCCUCGCAGAUCGUGCUGACGAAGGUGCGCCCGUCUAUCUGGGUCCCGUCAUGCGAGCUGCUGUGGACCGUCUUGACGUUUUGUCUGGCGGCGGCGAAGACUUCAAACCAUGUGAUUGCCAUCCGCUUCUUCGUUGGUCUCGCCGAGAGUAUCUUCUACCCAGCAGCCCACACCAUCUUGGGCUCAUGGUACAAGCCCUCCGAACUAGGCAAGCGGGCCUGCAUAUUCCACGCGUCUUCGGCGGCAGCGUCAAUGUUCUCGGGCUAUCUACAAGCCGGAGUAUACAAGGGCUUAAACGGGGUCCACGGUCUCGCUGGCUGGAAGUGGCUUUUCAUCAUGGAUGGCAUCAUUAGUCUACCCAUCUGCCUUGCCGGUUACUUCCUCAUUCCGGAUCUCCCUGAAAACACCAGGGCAUUCUACCUGAAUGAGAAAGAACGCGAAAUGGCACGGAAUAGAAUGAAUGCCGUUGGCCGAGCACCCCGAACGAAGCUGGGCCGCUCAGCUUUCAAGCGUAUUUUUGGGCGAUGGCACGUGUACUAUCUGACGAUCUUGUACAUCAUCUUCAUCAAUCUGGGCCCCUCAAGCAGUGUCAACCCCUUUUCGCUAUGGCUCAAGUCCCGAGGUGAAUCAGUGGAGAAGAUUAACAUCAUUCCUACAGCCGCUUCCGCAAUACAGCUGGUGCUCACAGUCUCCUUCGCCAUCAUCUCGGACGCCAUCCGCCACCGCGCGAGUAUCAUGUCCAUCUCCACCUUCCUCGGCGGUUUUGCCGCACUCCUCUUGGCCAUCUGGAACAUCCCAGUCGGGCUCAAGUGGUUCGCCUUCCUACUGCAGCGUGCCUCGGUACCUUACGGGCCGCUGAGUAUGAGUUGGGCCAACGAGAUCUGCGGAUCCGACGCCGAAGAGCGCGCCAUCGUCAUCGGCAUCAUGAACUCUCUCGGCUAUGCCUUUAACGCCUGGGUUCCGCUGUUGACGUACCCGCAGGUAGAUGCGCCCAAGUUCAGGAAGGGUUUCAUUUUCUCAACUUGUGCUUUCGUUGGACAGGCUAUAAUCACUGGUACAGUGGCGUACUUGUUCAAGAAAGAAAAGAAUAAGACGAAAACUGAGAGGGACGAGGAAGGAUCAAAUGCUGCUGUAGUCCCACCCGUCGAGUAA